UUUCGGCUCGCCCGAUUGCUCGUCCCGGCACCAAUCGGACGCGUACGUUGUCGGAAGGCGAAAAGGAAAGGAAGCGUCGGCAUUCUGUGAUGAUGUUACUAACUCGCAGAUGUAACAAACGGUAUCAACCUUAAAAUCUAGUAUGACGUUUAUUAUACGAGCAGCUGCUUGUGUUGCAUCAAAAUACGGUACUGUUAGUGAUCGGCUCGAGCGAGAGUCCUGAACCGCAACACGGACUCGUAGAAAGGCCGCUGUGACCAGUCUACGUUUUUUUUCCGCGCUGAAUCCAUUCGAGUCCCGAGGAGAGCACGAUGACGGAUCUAACAGGGUUGCGAAUGAACGUGGCCGCUCUCAAGCGAGUGGACCCUUAUGUGAAAGAUAUUCUUGGAACCGCGGCCCACGUAGCGCUAUACACUUUUAACGGGGUUAACAACGAAUGGGAGAAAACCGGCAUCGAGGGUGCUUUAUUCGUCUACUCGCGAAAUGGCGAGCCCUACAACAGUGUUCUUAUCAUGAAUAGAUUGAACACGAAUAACCUAGUGGAGCCAGUCACGGAAGGUUUAGAACUGCAACUGCAGGAGCCAUUCUUACUCUAUAGAAAUUCCAGAUGUAACAUUUACGGUAUUUGGUUUUACGAUAAAGAGGAAUGUGGACGCAUCGGUGCAAUGUUGAAUAAACUGGUUAAAGAGUCCGAGGAGAGCCGCAAAGCCAUCAAUAAAACUGCUGCUAACGUGAAAAAGAGUUCUGGACCUAAUGUAAACAACGUCGAUAUAUUCACUAUGCUCAGCAAAGCUCAGAAAGAUUUCAAUACUAACAGAAGUAACAGUGCCAGUGGAGGAGGUACCGGGGAAGCGCUCGGUUCUAAAUCACCCUUGGUCACUCCUACGGUAGAAAAUUUAUCCGGUCCCCUCACUGCUCCAUUAGGUCCAGACGUUACUUCGCAGAGUGUGAUGGAUUUCUUUGCCAAGGCAAAAGUUAGUACUCCCAUCAAAAGUAACCAGGUCAAUACAGGAGUGUUUACGGCUGGCGAUCAGCCUACACCGGGGGGUGCUGUUGCGAGCGAAAGCAAACCGUUACUCGCUCGGUUAAUGUCGCAUCCAGCUGCACAUACAGUGGAGCACAUUGAGAAACAGCAUAGAUCCGUUACCCCGCAACCGACUAGUACUACUCAGCAGCAGUCCCAGGCGACGCCCACGGGCAUAGUGACAGCGACCAAUGCUAGCAGUGCCUACGCUUCGAACAGAUCCAAACGACGAAGCAAGACAGCUUCUCAACAGGAUUCUAUAAUAUCCACGCCUGCUUCUAUGAGCCACGAUGCCACUACGUCUAUCAAUCAAAACACUACCGAUACAAACGGCACGGCAGGCUUCCUUAGGAUACAGUCGCCGACGAACGUGUCAUCCUCGAACUCGACGAACCAUCAGGCCUCAGACAUUGUCGGCUCUAGUAAUUCGAAUCCACUUGCGUCCUUGUUCGCCCAUGCGUCCGCAACAACGGCAUCGGAAGAUAUCAUUCCGGCAUCCACUUUGUCGGGAAGAGGAUCGGCGCCAGCGUUAAUACCCCCCGUUAUGUUCGCCGCUCCUAGCCCUCCCGAACCCCCGGCCCGACCAUUAGAACCACUGACAAGGAACCAGCUCCUUCAAGCUUUCAACUAUCUGUUGAGAAGCGACCCGGAUUUUAUCAACAAACUCCACGAAGCUUACGUGAAGUCGUUCGGCGAAAUUCUGUCCUAAAGCCGCGAACUGUUAACGUGUACGUAACUGGAGGACCCGUCAUGCGGGUUGUGACGGUCGACUGAGCAAACGAUCUGAGGGAUCGAGCGAAAACCCAAGUAAUCCCCUAUGUCUCACGGUACGCAUAGCCGGGUGAACGCAACGAGUUGCGCUCGACACUCUCGAUUGAACAUUGACUGGUACGCCCAAUUUUUCUUGGGCUAGGGGGCUGGGGCUGGGGGGCCUGGGGCCUGGGGCUGGGUCUGGGGCUGGGGAGAGACGAAGCAUAGAUUUAAAACGGAGAUACAUACCUUAAACAGUAUUUUUAUAAAGUAAUACAUUUUUCUCCCGAGGAAGUGACGGAGCCGGGUCACGUGGAACGCGUUAACAAGGUAUGAGCCCAAUGGAGAGAGAGAGACACACGCCACACACGAAAGAACACAGAUGUACACAUACUCGCGGUAACAGAGCAAACGAGAACGUUCGGAAAGACACAGCAAAGGGAUAUAUACGACAAGGAAAUUGCAAAAAAGGAACACGACGGGACAAGGAACGUGAAAAAUUGUACGAUUUUAAACUGUGAUGCCAAAACAUUUAUAUUAUACUAGCGUUUUAUGGUUACUACUAUUUCGGAGAAGGAGCGAGCGACAAAUUUUUUCUGAGCCGAUCAAAUGGAAUACCUAUUUUACGAAGUAAUGACAUACCCCCUCCUAUAUAUCGGGUAUUCGAUAUGGUACGUGUAUGUAAUUAAUAAAAAAAAAGGAGCAAAUAAAUAGAGACCGAUUACU